GGAUCUAGCCUCUCCCUCACCGCCUGGGCCCUCCUUCCCUCUCUUCCAUUAGUAGUUUGUUGAUCAUUGUUGCUUGUAGUAAGAAGUCUGCAUAGUCCAGUGGAUUCGGUGACUACUUUGUCUCACGGAACAGAAGAGUAUCUUGUAAUCCGGUUGUAUCGGGAGACAAACUAACGUUCUUAUUGUGCCAUGGAGUUUCCAGACCUUGGAGAGCACUGUUCAGAGAAGUCCUGCAAGCGUUUGGAUUUUCUCCCCAUGAAAUGUGAUGCUUGUGAAGAAAUCUUCUGCAAAGACCACAUUACUUAUGAUAACCACAAGUGUACUUCAGCUUAUAAAAGGGAUGUGCAGGUUCCAAUGUGCCCCCUCUGUAACACCCCUAUCCCCAUUAAGAGAGGAGAAAUGCCAGACAUUAAAGUCGGGGAACACAUCGACCGAGACUGUCGAUCCGACCCUGCGCAGAGGAAGCGGAAGAUCUUCACAAACAAGUGCUCGAAGGGGGGUUGCAAGCAGAAAGAAAUGAUCAAAGUGACCUGCGACCAGUGCCACUUGAAUUACUGCCUGAAACACAGACACCCCUUAGACCACGACUGCGCCGCGGAUGGUCACCCCGUCUCCAAGUCUGGGCACGCUGCUCUAAUGAGAUCCCAGGGGGCCUCCUCCAGCAAUUCCGGGCUCUCCGCCUCUCGAGCAGCCUCUAGGUCUGUUCCCAACGGUCUGAGUGGGAACGCCAGGGCCCAGCAGCAGAGUGCCCAUCGGAGCCCAGCAGCUGCUGCCCCUGCCCCAGCACCCUCUGCAGCGCAGAGAGUGAUCCCACAGUCUGCCUCUUUACAGGCCGGUCUGAGCGAGGAGCAGGCUCUGCAGAGAGCUCUGGAGAUGUCCCUGGCAGAGUCGGCCCGCAGCACUCAGCCAGCUCUGAGUCCACAGGAGCAGGAGGAUCUGGCUCUGGCUCAGGCCCUCGCUGCCAGUGAGGAAGAGUUCAGACGCCAGCAGCAGAGACAGCAGGUAUCCAGUGCCCUUCGCAGUCAGUAGCAUGCUAACAAGACCUAACCUAGGGCAGGGAAUCCAAACAGUCAAACUGCAGCAUAUCGUAGCACCUCACCCUCCAGAGUGCCUCAACAAGGCUCCACAGAUCCGCCGUCAGGACACGGACAGCCUGGGAAUGUUCUUUUAAUCAGGGAUCCAGGGUUACUCAGCCACAUUUAACUGACCAAAUGAUCAAGCCAAAAAGAAUCAUUGCUCACUGCUUUGUUUUUGAAGCUCUUCUUACAGAUAUGCAUCAUGUCACUUGUAUCAAUGGAUCUUUGUAAAUAAUUUAUAUAUACUGGUAUUCUUAAUCAAAACUUUAAACCGAGCUGUUGAAUAAAUUAUUUUAGACGCUAAUACAA